AUGGACGCCUUUGACCUCCCGCAAAUCUAUACAAAGCCCUCAUACGACAUCCUCCUCACGACUCUGGAGAACCUUCAUCUCCAACCGCCAGUAUGGAACCGCCGCUCUCUUGAGCAGGAAUCCCUCGCUGCGCACCGCCAAGCCCACACAACGCGGUACAUCUCCAGCAUCAUCUCCAGCCCACUGUCCUGGCUGAGCGACGACCAGCGAGAAACGAUCUGGGACCUCGCAGCGCGACGAAUGUCCGAGCGAUGCGGCCGCACCGCCAUGGGGGAAAUCGUACGCCGAUGGCCCUUUGAGGCGAGUGACUCUGCUGCUGCGUACGAGCCCUUCGAGCUUGUCAUCAGGGAGCCAGCACUGACGGGCGACUCUCUCGGCUUCAAGACGUGGGGGUCGUCGUAUGUCCUUGCGCAGCAUCUACCUACCCUUGGAGCGAGGUCGCUGUUUAAGCUAUUUGACGAGUCGUUGGGCGAGGAGCCGCCUAGUGUGUUGGAGUUGGGCUCCGGGACGGGGCUGUUGGGUUUGGCGGCCGCGGUGCUGUGGAAGGUGCAUGUUUGUUUGAGUGAUUUGCCUGGCAUUAUGGAGAAUUUGAAGGGGAAUGUUGAUGGGAAUAGGGGAUUAGUUGAAGCGAGAGGCGGGAGGGUCGAUGCCGGGAUGUUGACGUGGGGUGGUGGUGAGGAGGAGGUUGAUAUGGGUUUGUUUGGGGUGCAGAAUCAGUUCAAGGUUGUGCUGGCUGCGGACCCGAUGUACGAUGAUAAUCACCCUUCUCUGCUGGCGAGCGCUAUCGGUCAGCACUUGGCCAUGGGGACGGAAUCCCGGGCUGUGGUUAUGGUUCCGCUGCGGGAUGGGACGACUGUCAGGUUGCGUGACGCGUUUAAGCGGGCUAUGCUUGAGCUGGAGGGGCCGCUUUAUGUUGUCGAGGAGGAUGAGUUGGUGGGACAGGAUGACUGGGCUGGUGAUGAGGAGGAGGGUUGUGUUCGUUGUUGGCUGGGUGUGUUUUCUAGGGGGUUGUCAAGUUAG